AUGGCUAAUUUAGCAAUCACGUUUUGCGAGUUACCGGAUGAGUUGAUACUAGAGACUAUUCGCCAUCUCAGUAGCAUCCGCUCAUAUGAACCUCAAUCCACAGCCUUCAAAGACAAAGAGAGGGAGAGAGCAAGGCAAUUUGAGAACGGCGUUAGGCAGCUGGCUUUGCACUCAAUCUGUCUCACGUCCCAUCGCUUUCGACGCAUAGCUACACCGACUCUAUAUGCUUCAUUCCUUGGGUCGGCAACUUUGCAUGGCUUCGACCAUGUAAAACUCUUUUACCGUACGGUAUCGAUUCCAGGGUAUGCGGUCGGUUUGAAAGUACGCCUGGCUGAAUAUGUUCAGUACGUGGAAAAUCGCCUGUCCGACCAUUUAGGCAACAGCCUCUGCGCCGACACCGAGUACUACGACACUGUCAUAAUGGUAGUGCGGUAUUUUUCCCUACUUGCAGAUGUUAUCAAACAAGCACCAAAUGUACAGCAUCUCUCCGUUGUUAGCUUGGAGGCCGAACAGGUGUCCUUUUGGAACCACAUCCUACCCAGCCACUAUAGCACUUUGGCACCAUCUUCCUCUAAGAUGGUAGCCGAUCAUGGUUUUCGCAAGCUGCAAACCCUAUGCGUUCAGAUUCAUAUGGGCGGUUAUGCCCUCCGUGCUGAUCUUGACUGGUUCCGCAACAUCUGCUCGGCCAUGACAUCGGUGCCUUCACUAGCUGAUCUUCGCGUCUCUGGUGUCAUGACGAGUGGCUCAUUUUCGCCAAUCUCGGGAUCUUUCAAGAGUCUAAAGCGGAUAGAGAUUACGGAAUGCGUUCUCAGUUUUGACGAGGUAGUUGACAUAUGGUCGGCAUGCGAGGGGCUACGGCAUAUUGCCUGUGAAUGGGCUUAUUACGGCGCGGGAGAUGAGCCAUGGGAACUCUAUUCUGGACUGCUACAACAUACAAAAACACUGGAAACACUCACUUUGGAUAUGCGGGAAGUGAGGUUCAUGUCCAAUGCGGCACCUCCGCUUUUCGGCUCACUACGAUCAUUCGCGCAUCUCGAGUCGCUGGUCAUCUGCGAAACACUUCUGCGGGUUAGUGCAUUGCCGCUACUUGAAUUUCCGGACCAGCUUCUGCAACAUCGUAUAACAGAGCUACUCCCUGAGCAAAUGAAGAGUUUUGCGCUGCUUCUGUACAGCAACGACAGACACGAGAACGAGCCCCACGACCGGCUUGAUGAGAUCCUCGCACUCUGGAAUGUAGUAGAGGAUUGCAAGACAACCAUACCAAGUUUGAAGGUCGUUAGUGUCAUAUGCGGGGUCCCCCUAUGCGCACCCAAGCUCAAGGAAGCAUUUAAUAAGGUUGGCGUGCAAUUCGAAGUUAUUCAACAGGCAAAGAUCGAAUUGCCGUGCUAA